AUCUUAGUACAUGGAGAAUAGAAGCCUUGAUUCCAUUUUGUUUGAUAAAGCAAGAAGAUCCAUAUUGAAUUGGCAAAAGCGUUUCUACAUCAUAUGUGGAGUUGCAAGAGGACUUCUUUACCUACAUCAAGAUUCUAGAUUUAGGAUCAUUCAUAGGGAUCUUAAGGCCAGCAAUGUCCUACUCGACGAAAAAAUGAACCCAAAGAUAUCAGAUUUUGGGAUGGCAAGAAUAUUUGGAACAAAUCAAACAGAAGCAAAUACAUUGAGAGUUGUUGGGACAUACGGCUACAUGUCUCCAGAAUAUGCCAUGAAUGGACUCUUCUCAAUAAAGUCCGAUGUAUUUAGUUUUGGGGUUCUAGUACUCGAGAUCAUAAUUGGCAGGAAGAACAGAGGGUUUUACUACUCAAAUGAUGAAUUGAAUCUUCUUGGACAUGCAUGGAGUCAAUGGAAAGAAGGAAAAGCACUUGAACUCAUCGAUCCAUCGAUUGCAGGUUCAUAUUCGCCAUCCGAAGUGCUUCGAUGCGUGCAGGUUGGGCUCCUCUGUGUUCAAGAGCGCGCGGAAGAUAGACCAACAAUGUCCACUGUGGUAUUGAUGUUGAGUAGUGAAACUGUACUGAUGCCACAGCCUAAAAGCCCUGGGUUUUGUGUGGGAAGGAACCCUAAUGAAACAGAAACGUCUUCAAGUAAGCAAGACCAAUCAUACAGUGUGAAUGAAGUUACUGUCACGAUGCUACAUGCUAGGUAGAGAAACAAGCAUAGCCUCACAAAACAGAUUUGUAUACUUCAAAUGAUUCAGCAGAGAACAUGUAAAUUUUCCUGCUUGUAAUAGUUGCGGCGUCUUGAGAUCAUCUUUGAUUUUGUUUUUGGUGUAUAUAUGA